AUGUUAGCAGCCGCAGGGUCCUCCGGGUCUGGUCGUAGUCCGGCUAUCCCGUCCCAUGCUACCGAUGCCUCCGUUUCGCCGGCGGCGUCGGUGUUCCAGCCCAUGCAGGCCGUUGAUGAGAUAUUCGACUAUGCCAACUUCUUGUGGGAUGCUGGCGAUGCCUGGCAGCAGGUCAACCCAGAACCUGGUCAGCAGAUGAGCCUUGAUGGGCAAGUUCUCCCAAAGAGGAGCCAGUUUGCAGGUCAGCCUCUUGGAAGCCGGCAACCGCCGCUCAUGAGUAGCCCGCCGAAUCUCGCCUUCCCAGAUCGAACUGCUAUGGAUGAGCUGCCAGACCCAUCACCAAUCCCUGAUGCUAGUAGUCAGUCAGAGCAGGCCAUAGCAUUACAGGUCCCGACUGAGGAUGACAGACUCAUGGACUACUUCAGCCGCGUCGUUGUCCCUCCCAUCCUUGCCGAAGUCGAGACGCAGAAGAAGUGGCUCGCCGUUCGACAGGUUGUCGUCGACAUGGCGGGUGCGUCGCAAAUGUUCAAGUGGUCGGUACUCGCCUUCUCGAACCUGAUGCUAUCACGUCGCGAAGGCUCCUGGCUAGCCAGUCCGGAAGAUCAUUAUCAGAAAGCCGUGUCGCAAGUGGCUAUCUGUUGCGACGAGUCGUCGCCCGCGACCGACAAUCCGAGCUCACGCAGGGAGCACCUUCUCGCAACGCUCUUCUUCCUCAGUUAUGUCGACAUCCUCCGAGGUCAGAUCAAGGCUGCAGACUCGUUCCUUAAGCGGGCCUAUGGACUGUUCCAGCAAGGCGAGAAGAGCAGUUUUGCCGCUAUCGAGAAGCAAUUCCUGCAGUGGAUGCGCCUACUCGAUGCCCGUGCCGUUUCCGCUGGUGGACAGGGCUUGCUCCUUUCCAAAGAUGACGAGCUGCUCUUAGUCGAAGCGUCACCAGCUAGUUUUGAUGGAGGAGGCGCAGACUCAACCAGGGAGGACUUUGGAGAUGGUGACAUUGAGGAUGUCCUAUUCCAAGUUCUAUACCAGCCCGGCAUUGUCUUCUUCCAAAAGGUCCAGAGCUUCAUGGGUCGGAUAUCAAAGAUCGACCCUUGGCAUAGGUCACGUGGCACCGUCGAGGACGAGACGGAGGUCAUGAACAUCGGGGCCGCCAUCGCAGCGGAUCUGCGGACCUUGUACGAGCAGCGGCCCCCGCUCAUGGACUAUGCCGUGGCGGGGAAGUUGACGGAGCCUCACGUUUCACCGCACCUAGCGUUCGUUAUCACACGGUCGGAAGAGCAGGACCCCCAGGAGAGGAUAUGGAUCAAGACCCAGAUCCUGCGUAUGGAGAGCGUUGCCGGCAAUGCGAAGAUCACUGCCCAAGUUCUAGAAGAGGUACAGGCUAGGCAGGAUGCUGAGAAGGUCCGGGUUGACAUCCGAUCCGUGAUGCAUGCCAUAUUCAACGCAUGUUUUGCUAUCGUCUGA